AUGCAGAGCCCGAUGAAAGCUAAUACCAUCACCAGUCAAAGCAGUACCUCGCUCAGCACACAAUCGACGAGGGUAUGUCCCUCAUUCUCCAUCCACAUCCCACCUUCAAUUCCUAACCCAGACAUCCAAACAGCGCAUGGCACGGACAUUUUCUCCCUUGCCGUGACCUCGACCCAGAUAAUUACCGGGUCCGGCGAUGCCUCCAUCAAAAUCCACUCCACCACGGAUAGCGACUUCCCCAUAGCCCAGGUACUCAAGGAUGCGCACAAAGUCGGGGUUCACCAUAUCAUUACGAGUAAAGAUGGCAAUAGAGCCGUGAGUGCAGGUUUUAGUGGAGAGGCCAAGGUCUGGAGAUACGAAGAGGGUGUCUGGAAGCUUGAGUCCGAGAUCAACAUCAAAGAUGGUGCAAAGAGAGCGAAAGCUGGUGAAAUCUGGGCUGUGGCCUUGUCAAUUGAUGGGCAAUAUCUGGCAGCCACGACUUAUGAUGGACGUGUCAACGUCUGGGACCUUGCCAAUGUCAACGAGAAGUUCAGAGAGUACGAGACAAAAGGAAGCUUUGGGAUGUGUGUCGAUUUAUCAUCAGAUGGUCGCUUCAUAGCCAGCGGCCACGAAUCUGGCAAUAUCUAUCUCUUCUCGACCGCCACAAACCGCCUGCUCCAUUCCCUUCCAGGCCUCAUAAAGUCCGUCCGCGACGUCAAGUUCUCACCGGCCUCGAAGCUCCUUGCAGCGGCAGGCGAUGCUCGCAUCAUUUCUCUCUAUGACCCCAGUUCUGGUGAGCAAGUGGCCAAUCUCAGCGGUCACGCAGCAUGGAUUACAAGUCUCGAUUGGAGUUUCACUGGCCAGUAUCUCCUUAGCGGAAGCCUUGAUGGAAAAGUCAAAGUAUGGGAGAUUGACCGGAGAGCCUGUGUUGCCACUCAUAGUGAGAGUGACAAGGGCCUCUGGUGUGUCAAGUGGUUACCUAAAGGCGAGUCGGCUGUGGACAGGCAGAAGGCUGAACGGUUUGUUACAGUGGGGAGCAAUAGGGCGAUCUCGAUUUACCGCGAGGCUACAGGUGGUUGA